GGGAACGCGGCCAAAGCCCGGGGAGCUGCUGCGGGGGCGAUGGCUGCGCCGAGCCCCGGGCCCCGCGAGGUCCUGGCCCCCUCCCCUGAGGCUGGAUGCAGAGCAGUCACCUCCAGCCGCCGGGGGCUUCUCUGGCGCCUCCGAGAUAAGCAGUCUCGCCUGGGCCUGUUUGAGAUCAGCCCGGGGCAUGAACUGCAUGGGAUGACAUGCAUGAUGCAGGCAGGGCUGUGGGCUGCCACCCAGGUCUCCAUGGACCACCCACCCACGGGGCCACCCUCCCAGGACGAUUUCUCGGAGGUCCUAACCCAGGUUCAUGAGGGCUUCGAGCUGGGCACGCUGGCCGGCCCCGCCUUUGCCUGGCUGCGCCGCUCCCUGGGCCUGGCGGAGGACGACUAUCAGGCUGCCCUGGGCCCCGGCGGCCCCUACCUGCAGUUCCUCAGCACCUCCAAGAGCAAGGCCAGCUUCUUCCUGUCCCACGACCAGCGCUUCUUCCUGAAGACCCAAGGGCGCCGAGAGGUGCAGGUUCUGCUCGCCCACCUGCCCCGCUACGUGCAGCACCUGCAGCGGCACCCGCACUCGCUGCUGGCGCGGUUGCUGGGAGUGCACAGUCUGCGGGUGGACCGGGGAAAGAAGACGUACUUCAUCGUCAUGCAGAGCGUCUUCUACCCCGCCGGCCGCAUCUCCGAGAGGUAUGACAUCAAAGGCUGCGAGGUGAGCCGCUGGGUGGAUCCCACCCCUGAGGGCAGCCCCAUUGUUCUGGUGCUGAAGGACCUCAACUUUCAGGGCAAGACCAUCAAGCUGGGGCCCCAGCGGAACUGGUUCCUCCGCCAGAUGGAACUGGACACCACCUUCCUCCGGGAGCUCAAUGUGCUGGAUUAUAGCCUCCUGAUGGCCUUCCAACGUCUCCACGAGGAUGAGAGGGGCCUGGGCAGCAGCCUCAUCUUCCGUACGGCCAGGUCUGUGCAAGGGGCACAGAGCCCGGAAGAGUCGGGGGUCCAAAACCGUCGGCUGCUGCCCGACGCCCCCAACGCCCUACACAUCCUGGACGGGCCCGAGCAGCGCUAUUUCCUGGGCGUCGUGGAUCUUGCCACGGUCUACGGGCUCCGCAAGCGGCUGGAGCACCUGUGGAAGACACUGCGCUACCCGGGCCGGACCUUCUCCACUGUCAGCCCGGCUCGCUACGCCCGUCGCCUCUGCCAGUGGGUGGAGGAGCACACAGAGUGACGGGCGCCCGGACCCACUUUCCGGAUCUGGAUGGUGGGCUCACGCCAGGAACACCGGUUCCCUUGGGCCCGAGCAUCUCGCCUGCGCUUCCUCCUGAUGGUCGCCAGAGGGCAGCAUCCCCUAACUAAUACCGUAACCGCGCAGCCCCGUUUGACGGUGGUGCCGUGCCCAGCGUCAUGCCAAGGAUUCCCCUACUUUAGCUCAUUUAGUCCUUAAAAAAAUGCUAUUAUUCUCUUUUUACAGACCAUGAAAUGGAGGCUCAGGGGGUGAAGGGACUGACCAAGAUCAUUCAGCAAUAAAUGCUGGAACCAGGACUCAACCAUGA